UGAUAAAUACAUUUUAUUUAUUUAUUUACCAGUAUCCACUUCUGCGCUUAAUUUAGAGCGGUUGUUGAAUCUCACACAGUGGAACGUUUCGCUUCUGCGGAAGGGAACAAGCGCGGAAGGGAAAGCCUGCAGGAGUGCAAACCCGGACAGACUAAACGGGUACACCAGCUGGAUACAUGUGAGGGACAGUGUUGUCGCGGAUACUGAGAGAUGCAGCGGCUUUACGUUGGCGGGUUGAGCCACACAAUCACUCAGAAGGAUCUCAAGGAUCGGUUCGGAAAGUUUGGACAAGUGGAGGAUGUGGAGCUCCGGACCAGGACGGACGACGAGGGUGUUCCUUACAAAACCUUCAGCUAUAUUAACAUCAACAUUACAGACGCCGACCUAAAGAAAUGUAUGACAGUGCUAAACAAAUCCAAAUGGAAAGGAGGAACUCUGCAGAUAGAAACAGCUAAGGAGAGUUUCCUACACAGACUGGCUGAGGAGCGGCAGAUGGCCGAGCAGCAGCGCCUCCUGCAGCCCGCAGUGGAGGACCAGAAGCAGAAGAUGCUGGACUCCCUGAGCAAAGCCGGCGUGGAAAACUUCACCAUGAAGGCUGCGGUGCCCGGGACAGAAGUACCAGGACACGAGGACUGGGUGGUAAGUAAAUUUGGACGCGUGCUGCCUGUGCUGCAGCUCAGGUCUCAGAAAGGCAGCCGAGUUCGAACCCUGAAGUACGACCCGUCCAAAUACAGCCACAACAUACGCAAGCUGGACCGCUCCUCCGCGGACCAGCCUGCCUCAGACCUGCCCAUCCCUGUGAGUCAGCUGACCUGGGAACUGGAGGGAGGGGAUGACGACAUCAGCAAGAAAAGGCGCGGAGAGUUUCCCGCAUACGAGCCGCCGAGACGCAAGAAGAGCAAGGCAGACGCCGUAAACUUGCAGAAAGCUGAGGGCAGAACCAGAUUGAAGCAGACCAUUGACUCUCCUGCUCACACCGAGGCUACUCAGGUCAUCAACGGACAUAAACCCCCCAGCAUAGUCAGACCAGCUCAGAGGAAGGGGCCGCCUCUGACUUUCAGUGACAUCGAUUCAGACGAGGACAUCCGCAGAAUUGUGGCAGUCCAGAGCACCUCCCAUGAUGCACUGCAGCAGGAAGAGGACGAAGAUAAACUGGAAGUCGUCGGACUGGAUUAUUUGGUGACGCCGGGCCGUGCUCGUCAGCAGAAAGGAGGUCAUGGUGAUGAAGAGGAGAAUGACUACGACUCUGCAGACACAGAUGAACUGUUGGCCUCCAGGAAACCUCCUCCUCCGCCUCCUCCUCCUCGUUCUUCUUCUCCUCCUCCCCAGGAGAGACUGACCCUCACUGCAGGAAGCAUCUCAGGGAACAACACAGAGAAGAAGAGAAAGACAAAGAAGAAAAGUAAAGCUGCAGAGGAAGAGGACGAUUCUACAGAUGCUGAAGAAAAAUCCACUCAGAAGGGAGGGGAUUCUGGGAAAUGUAGUUCUAAGAAGAUGAAAGUCCUCCCUGUUGUAAAACCAUCUUCCUCAGAAUCAGAAAGUAAUGAUGAGGAUGAGGAGAAGUGUCAAUCUGCUGAUUCCAGUUCAGAUUCUGAUUAUGAAGCCAUGUUUUCUAAUGUCACUCGUCUGGAGAUCUCCCUGGCUGAUCUGCAAAAGCUAGCUGAAGAGUUCCAGGAGACCUCUGAGACUACAGCUCCCAGCAGCCUCAGCACCUCUGAAAAAGAAACUAAGACCCCAAAGAAGGGCACCACGCCGGAGGAGAUCCUCGCCGCCCUCAUGCAGGACGACAGCAGCGAAGAGGAGGAGGAGGAGCAGCAGCAGCAGCAGAAGAAGAAGAAGAAGAAAAGAAAGGACGCUACAAUGCAGCUGCUGCCGGCCUUCAUGGGGACGAAGGCGCUGAAUGAGGGGUCAGAAACAGAAGAGAGACAAGAGGAAGAAGAAGGAAGUGAGGUUAAGAAACUAAAGUUGGACCACAAAGCAACAGGCAGCAAAUUGAAUGGACACAAACACACUGAAUCAGAGUCUACAGAUAGCAGUGAUGAAGAGGAGGAAGACACUGAAGAGCCAAAUAAAAAGGUGGAAUUGUUGAAGAACAUGACUGAGAAAGUUGAAUCAGUUUCCUCCUCCAGCAGUGAGGAGGAGGAGGAGGAGGAUGAAGAAGAAGAGGAGGAAGAACCGGAGAAAAAGGGAAAAGUGUUUAAGAACAUGGCUGAAAAAGCUCACUCCUCUAGCAGCGAUGAAGAGGAGACAAAGGCAAAUCAGACUGUUCUUACAUCUAAAGCUGCAGCAGCCUCAUCUUCAUCCUCCAGCUCUUCCGAUGAGGACGACGAGGAAGAGAUAAUUCCUGCUAAAAAUGCAGUGAAAGCAGCACCUCCCCCUGCUUCUCACAGUGAGUCCUCCAGCGAGGAAGUGGAGGAGGAGGAGGAGAAAAAGCAGGCUCCUCUCCGGGUCCCGUUAGGAGCUAAGGAAGAAGAGGAGCGCCAGAGGAAGGCCAAUGUGAGGAGGCUGGCAGCCGUCCAGCAGAGGCAGAAAGAGACGGAGGAACACAAGAAGCUCAUCCAGGGAGCGCUGGCCAACCUGGAUGCUCCAGCAGCAGGAGCAGGGAAACACAUCGUCUUUGGCUCUGAUGAUGAGGAGGCUGAUGAUGAGAAGCAGACAACUUCAGAAGCCAUAACGCUAAAGAAAACGCUGUUCCAGGACAGCCAAUCAGAGGACGAGGCACCAGGUCAUAAGAAGGCCACAACAAAAGAAAAGCCGUCGGGCACCAAGCUGUUUGGCGGCGAUGAGGAGGAUGCUGAUGAAGAGGAGGAUGGCAGCAGGUUUGACAUCAGGCCUGAGUUUGAAGGCAGAGCAGGACACAAGCUGAUGGCACUGCAGUCUCGCUUCGGGACGGACGAGCGUUUCCGGAUGGACUCUCGCUUCCUGGAGGAGAAUGAGUACAAGGAGGAAGAGUCAGAGAAAAAAAAGAGCGGGAUCGAGGAAGAGGAGGCUCUGGAGGAGGAGAGGAAGAAGAACCUGUCAAUCCUGCAGAGCGUCCUCGGCAGUGGCCAGCAGACCAGUAUUAGCAGCAUCACCAAGACGGCCAGCAAGGCCAAAACCUUCAGAGACGUGUCAGCGCUGCACUACGACCCCAGCAAAGAAGAACACGCUGCGUUUGAGACCAAGACGGAGGAAACUAAGAAGGAGAGUAAGGCAGCCAGGAGGAAGAAGAGGGAGGAGGCUCAGAAACUCCCGGAGGUUUCUAAGGAGAUUUACUACGACGUGUCCGGUGACCUGAAGGCCGUGUUCGGUCAGACAAAGGAGGAAGAGGUUGUUGCAGAAAAAGAGGACACAAACUGGGACCAAGAGGAACAAAAAGAAGAAGAGGAGGAAGGAGGACAGGAUGAACAGCCGACCCUCCUCUCAGCUGAUCAUGGCCCAGAGAAAGACGAGGCGUCAGGAUUUAAGUUCUCCUUCUUUGGAGAUGACGCAGAAACAGGAAGUGGCGAGACAGCAGAGUACAAGAUAGAGAGCAUCCAGGCACCAAAGGUGUCAUGGCAACAAGACCUACGUUACCAUGGCAGCAGCUCAGAUGAGGAGGAGGAGGAGCAGGAGGAAGAGAAGACACAAAGCAACGUCAUCGCCAAAACCCCAGAAGAGGAGACUCCCACAAAGACAGGUCUUUUCUUCUUCUACCUUGAAGACAGCAGACUGACCGAGGGUCCCAAGUUGUUCUGCCGCUCCUCUCAGCUGGAGGAGCAGAAGGAGCAGUGGGAGGAGAGGAGGACCGAGCUUAGACAGGAGUAUCGCAAGAAACACAAGGAUGCCCGGAGGAAGCUGAAGUCCUCUGUAAAAAGCUGAGGAUUAUGGGAGGUGGAGUCUCAUUGUUUGUGUUUCCCCUCACUGGUAUGGACUUAAGAAAUAUGGAUCUCCUUUGUGCUGUUUUGUGCCCAAAACUGUUUUUACCGUCGGCAGGAGAGACACCUAAUGGGAAAGCUCAAGAUCAUCAGAGUAUCAGAUUUACUUUUUCACCUGGGAAGUACUGACAAGUUUUGUGUUCCUAACUUCCUCUUGGUCCGUAUGGUUUGAUUUUCCUGUUGGUUUACUUCUGCAAAUAACCUUGUGGGCAAUCAGCAGAAUUAGCCAAUCACAACUGCAGAGGGCCAAUCCUGUUAAUAAAAAGGAACAGUUUAUUAACACUUUAAUAAAAAACUUAUGAGCAAACAAUGU